AUGUUUAAAGCCGUCAGCACGCGCAACCUGCGGUUCUACUCUGUCAAUCAUCCUCCCUCGUUCUUCAGGAACCCGGCAGAACCGCCCAAGACGCUGGACGAGCUGCGACGGCCCGCCACGGCACCGCCAGAGACCCAGAUCUCUAGCUCGCAAAAGCUGAAAAAUCUCGGGAUCGGGUUUGGGAUCGGGUUUGCGUCGCUCACCAUCAGCGUCACUCUGGGCAUCCUGCUGUACGAGCUGCUGGAGAAGUUGAAGGAGAAUGAGAGACAGCUCGCGCUGCUCCGCAAGAAUCAAAAGGAGAUGCUCAUCCAGAUGCAGAACUACAAGAAGAAGAUCACGCUUGCCUCGGUGGAAAACUCCAAGAAGCACAUGAUGAUCCAGGGCAAGAUGCAAAUGCACAUAGCGCUACUAAGACAACAAUUGAUAGACCAAGGCAUCGAUCCGGUGAGCAUCGACGAGGCCAUAGAAAAAUUCGAGGAGAACAGUCACAGGAUAUGGUUGUCAGUUCAUAUUUUGUGCUCGGGUCAGCCUAAGAUCAGAGUGUUUACACCGCCAUUCAAGCGAAGCCAGGCUUUACCGGCUUCGCGUGGUCCAAAACAUACAUUCAUCUCACCAGCUCUGCGUCCAAUUUUUCCUGCGUGCGCUGCCUCACUUUCAUUGCGAGCAGUCGAGGGAUCGGACAGCAGGGCGAUCUUGCAUCGGUGCCAUUUUCUUCGUAGAAUUUCGUGCAACACUCGUACAACUGGUCUAUCAGUUUAG